AUGGCUAAGUCACCACAUCAUCAAAUGCCUGGAGAAUCGGGAGGCGCAAGUGGUGGUGGUCGUCGGAGAAUUGGGAGGCGCUACUGCUGGUGGUGGUCGUCGGAGAGCCGAGAUGCGCUAGUGGUGGUGGUCGUCGGAGAACCGGGAGGCAGUGGUGGUGGUGGUCUCGGAGAAGGCGCUGAAUCGGGAGGCGCAAGUGGUGGUGGUCGUCGGAGAAUUGGGAGGCGCUACUGCUGGUGGUGGUCGUCGGAGAGCCGAGAUGCGCUAGUGGUGGUGGUCGUCGGAGAACCGGGAGGCAGUGGUGGUGGUGGUGGUAUCGGAGAAGGCGCUGAAUCGGGAGGCGCAAGUGGUGGUGGUCGUCGGAGAAUUGGGAGGCGCUACUGCUGGUGGUGGUUGUCGGAGAGCCGAGAUGCGCUAGUGGUGGUGGUCGUCGGAGAACCGGGAGGCAGUGGUGGUGGUGGUCUCGGAGAAGGCGCUGGAAAUUGGGGUGUAGCGGAAUUUAAGUGA